AUCCACACUGCUUCAGGAGCCUGAUGAGUGGAAUCAGUUCAGAGUUGAGAUGACAGCGUGUCGGCCGCCAGCAGCCUGGACGUUGGCGACCGUAUCUCCUACCUGGAGCAGAGGAUGCAGCUGCAAGACGACGAAAUCCAGGUUCUGAAGGCAGCGCUGGCGGACGUCGUCCGGCGCCUGACCUUCGCCGAGGAGCAGCACUCCUUGCUGAAUAAACGGGCGCCCAGCAGAACUCGCCUCUUCAUGCACGCUUUGCCCUCGAAGCCCAACCUGAGCAAUGGAUCAGCAACGCCUCCAAAAAGAAGCAGUGCCAUGCCUCAGUCACCAUCCUCGCCCCGGAAGGAACCAUCUCCCAAAAGUAAACCGAAGGAGUCCGUCUUCAGUGCAGAAGAGGGCUACGUGAAGAUGUUCCUGCGUGGACGCCCUGUCACGCUGCACAUGCCCCAGGCUUUGACGGGAUCUUACAGGCUCCAGGCCACAACUGAAUUACCAGCCCACAAGCUGAAGAUGGAGUGGGUCUAUGGUUAUCGCGGGCGUGAUUGUCGCUCCAACCUCUAUCUCCUGCCGACAGGCGAGAUUGUGUAUUUCAUCGCAUCGGUCGUGGUGUUGUACAACGUGGAGGAACAGCUACAGCGCCACUACCUCGGACACAACGAUGACGUGAAAUGCCUUGCUGUUCACCCGGACAGAGUCACCAUGGCAACAGGGCAGGUGACAGGAACCUCUAAAGAUGGAAAGCAACUUCCACCUCACGUUCGUGUCUGGGACUCUGUAAGCCUUAACACACUGCAUGUGAUUGGAUCAGGAUUCUUUGAUCGAGGCAUUUCUUGCGUAUCCUUCUCCAAAUCUAAUGGAGGAGCUCACCUGUGCGCAGUGGAUGACUCAAAUGAACACAUACUCUCUGUAUGGGACUGGCAGAAGGAGGGAAAGCUGGCUGAAGUUAAGUGUUCCAAUGAAUCUGUGCUGGCAGCAAACUUCCACCCAACCGAAGCCAAUCUCAUUAUCACUUGUGGGAAAUCCCAUAUUCUCUUCUGGACGAUGGAAGGCAACACUCUCUCCAAGAAGCAGGGCAUUUAUGAGAAACAAGAAAAACCCAAGUAUGUUCUAUGCUUGGCUUUCUCUGAGAAUGGGGAUGUGAUCACAGGAGAUUCCAGUGGAAACCUGGUCAUCUGGGGUAAAGGCACAAACCGGAUCAGCACUGCAGUUCAGGGGGCUCACGAAGGAGGUAUAUUCAGCCUCUGUGUGCUGAAUGAUGGAACCCUGGUGUCAGGUGGAGGCAAAGAUCGGAAGGUCAUCCUCUGGGACAGGCAGUAUCACAAGGUUCAGGAAACCGAGAUCCCAGAAGCCUUUGGGCCGGUCCGAACGAUCGCAGAAGGGAAAAAUGAUGGCUUAUUUAUUGGGACGACGAGGAACUGCAUUCUCCAAGGCACGCUGAGUGGGGGAUACUGCCCCAUUGUACAGGGUCAUACAGACGAGCUCUGGGGACUGGCAGUGCACCCAAGCGAGGAUAAGUUUGUGACCUGUGGACAGGACAAGCUCAUUCACUACUGGGAUCCCACCUCACACCAGCCCAUUUGGACUAAGACUCCAGAGGACCAGAGCCAGUCGGUUGGCUUUCAUCCCAGUGGAUCGGUUAUAGCUGUGGGGACGCAAACGGCAAGGUGGAUGGUUUUCGAUGUCGAGACGAAGGAUCUUAUCACUGUGCACACCGACGGUAACGAGAAAAUCUCAGUGAUGCGUUACUCACCAGAUGGUAAUUUCCUGGCCAUCGGGUCACAUGACAACUACGUUUACAUUUACAGCGUGGCCGAGAAUGGGAGGAAGUACAGUCGAGUGGGUAGAUGUUCAGGGCAUUCGAGUUUUAUAACUCACCUGGACUGGUCCGCGGACAGCCGCUAUAUAGUCACUAACUCUGGAGACUAUGAAAUCCUUUACUGGACUCCGAACUGCAAACAGGUGCCAAUUGCGGACGCGGUGCGGGAUUUGGAGUGGGCCUCCUCCACCUGCGUGCUCUCGUUCCAGGUGUUUGGCAUCUGGCCCGAGGGAGCGGACGGGACAGAUAUAAACGCUGUCUGCAGAUCCACCGAUAACAAACUCCUUGCUACGGCUGAUGAUUUUGGAAAAGUGAACUUAUUUUCCUUUCCCUGCUCACAGCCUCGGGCACCAAGUCACAAGUACGGUGGGCACAGCAGUCACGUGACCAACGUUGCCUUUCUCCAUGACAACACCCGUCUGAUCUCCAUCGGUGGGAAGGACACCAGUGUCAUUCAGUGGAGCGUUGUCUAGGUUACAGCACUUUAUCCGGAGACGCAUUCCAGCUGUAUGGGUUGGGAGAUGCCAGGGCACUAUCAAAAUAGCUCCUCUCCUGGGUGCCCCAUCAAGCUACUGUUAUGCUAAACUGUUUCUUUUUUUUAUUGGGAAGAUGUGGGGCUCCCGUUCCCUCGCAUUUAUUGUCCACACCUGCACUGAGCUCUUCCAGACGCUUCGCUUUUGGAAGAGCAUUUUUCUAUCUAAACUUGACAAGCAAUCCCAAUGCUCCAUCCGAAAGCCACCCCCGCCCGCCACCAAAGCUAUGCUGUUUGCCUCUGCCUCUGCCGCAGUGUCCUUUUGCUGGAAUUGUGCAUGCUGCUGAAGUCCAGGAUCUUAUGGCAUAUGUGGGGAGCCAACUCCCAUCAUUAAUCAGCAAGUUCAUUUAAGGAGUUUGGAGAGCGUAGAGAAUCAGAGAGGGUGAAAGAGUUGUAUUGCUGCCCUAUGCCCUCCUGACGUUCGUUCCAAUAGACUAGCUGUCUUGAAGGGGAUAUUUUUAAAAAAUCUCAUUUUUAGCCCCAUUGGAUUUGUUUUUUUGUAGUCUCCAACCAUUCCACUUUUGCUCCCCUCGAUGUCCAGACCAGGUUUUCCCUUCUGCACCAUUUUCACACAGGGAGAGCCAAAUUGCUUGGUGACCAUUUCUCUUCUCUGGCUUAGUAACUUCCAGCGAGAAAGCUGUGGUCAUCGUGUUGGUCGACUGGCUGGAGAUAUUUGUUUUUGUGUGGUUCCUGGGAAUCUUUCCAGAUGGUCCCAGCAAGGAAGUUGAACCAGAACCAUUAUUUUCAUUGGCUUAAGCUAAACUUUUCUAAAGUUAAAAUCGUCAAGGUUUCCAACAGUACUUUGCACGAUUUUGAAGCUAAUUGGAUGUUUCUACACAGUUCCCACAAAAUGGCAGAUCUAAAGCAUCAUGUUCGAUUAUCUUACAUGGAGGUUUUAAGGGAGAGGUUUGGUUGUAAGUUAAGUCAAGAUGUUUUAGGUGCGAAUUAUUUUGGGUUCUUGGUUUACAAACAAUUUGAAAAUUUAUAUUCUGUAAGAUAUUUGCAGGUAAUCCUCCAAAUGGGGAUGGUGUGCCUCUCGUCCCUUCGGCUUGUAGAGGAGGUCCUGCCAGUGUUCCCUUUAUGGUCUGUUUUUGUUUGCCAGCUCAUUUUUUGUACGUUACGGUAUACCUCAGGGCAUUCCAUUUAACUGAGGUUGUGACUUGGGUCCUUGAAUCCUAGUACUUCAAGUUGCAAAAUUGGACUUGAUUAGACUGGUGCACUGUGGGCUAACAUCAUUCAGCACACAACUUACUGCCUGUUACGCUGCUGGUGUUUGGCGCAGCGAUGAGAGUCCUCCAACCCUGGCGGUGUUCAGGGCUUCCUGCAUCAUGUCAGUAGCUUCCUCCCGGUUUUCACUACCGUCAGUCCCACAAGUCCCGGGCGGAGACUCAGGUGUAGAAGGAUUCUUCUUUGCUGUUUCUGUAACAAUUUUGUUUGACUAGUCAGCGUUGUUAGCCCUGAACCUGGAGGACUUACGGAUCACUCUUAGUCUGACCUCUACCCUUUGACCUGUUUGGCAUGGGUGACCCUACCAAGAGCCAAAGCAUAAACCCUGACUCCAGCCAACAUCGCUGUCCGGGUCAUUGACGCACACAAGCCUCCAAACCAUGACAAGGUUGUGGUCCUCUUGGGAGAUUGACCACACAAAGUGAGAGAUUAUUGACAGAGGGAUCUGUUACCCUUAGCUUUCUUGACUUGAAUUGGAAACCAUCUGAUCAGUUUCCAGAGGCAAUUCAAAAUGAGCUCAUUCGAAUUGAAAGCAGAUGGGCAGUUAACAUGUCUAUGCCCGUACCAGCCCUGUUCUGAAAGGAAACUUUCUUCAUAGAAAAUUCAGGUAGACAUUUGGGGCCAGCAGGUUCAAUGGAAAGUGUUAAACACCUGGUGGCAGAGGCAGACCACAGAAGAGGGGUGGGAGAGGGAUAUUUGUUAACUCCAGCUCUCAGCCAAUCAUAAUCUUCCUGUAAUUGACAAAAUUUGGGUGUUCAACAAGUGUAUGCAACUUCCAAAGUCCAAAAAAGUGUUAGAAAGCAUCACAGUCACCUGACGUAAUGACCAAAAGCAGGGAAUGGCAUUUUAAUUUAAUUUCCUAAUUCUCAGAAGGUUGUGAGAAAGGGAAGAUAAAAUCUCCUGAUCCUGCCUUCUAAAAGCAAAGUUUACAGUGUAGGAGGAGGAGACGUCUGUGCUGGGUAUAUAUUACAAAACCAUUUCUGAUACCCUACUUUGUCCCCGGGCCCCGUCACUUUCUUCGUUUCAAGAAACCAAUCAAUUCAACCUUAAAUGUAAGAGCAUAUCACUACUUCUGGCGAGCACCCCGUGUUGCAACAGCCCAAUCACAAAUCGUCCCAAUCUUGAUCCCAAGCUGAAUUUUUAACAUGAAGAGCUCCAAGAAGUUCUAGCACCCUUGUUAUUUUUCUACAUAACUAUUGUUUUACGUAAAGCUAAGAUUUAAGAAAUAUAUUUCUUGA